AUGACUUCUGUGUCUUUCUCAUGCUCUCCACUGUUCUGCGUGUAUGUUAUGACUGCCACAAGACUUCUGGAUGAGCUCUGUCACUUAACGGCUCAGUCUCUAAAAUCAUUGGAGCCUUUAGAUCACUUCCAAGUUAUUAAACUUCUUGGAGAGGGUUCAUAUGGAAAAGUCAAAUUAGCAGUGCACAAAAAGAGUGGAACCUCAAUGGCCCUUAAAUUCUUUCUGCGAGACGACACAUCUCUACUGUCCUUUCUGAGGGAAUAUAACCUGUCUUUGGUCUUCUGUACCCACCCCUCACUUACCUCAGCUUUAGGCAUCGCAUUCUCCACUCCUACUCACUAUGUGUUCGCCCAGCAACCUUGCCUUUAUGGCAACCUAUAUGAUGUCAUCGUUCCUGAGGUUGGUCUUGAAGAGAGCCGUGCCCAGGGAGUGGCUUCCCAGAUCAGCGGUGCCCUCUCUCAUCUUCAUUCCCAUAGCUUUGUCCAUCGUGAUGUCAAGCCAGAAAACAUCUUUCUUUGUGACCGUGAGUGUCGUUGGGUCAAACUUGGUGAUUUUGGCAUGGUGAAGGCUAAAGGCACCAGGGUACCAUUAGUGUGGUACGGCACCCCUUACUGUACACCUGAGGCUGAGAUGGCAAGGAAGAAUGAAAAGAACUAUUUGGGCAACUUGGGGGUGGACAACAAUGGGAACAAGCAAAAAGGGGACUCUGGAAAGACUCACAGGGUGUUGGUUUCUGUAGAUCCCACUACAGACAGCUGGGCAUUAGGCAUUCUAAUCUAUGCCAUGCUCAUGGGGAGCCUUCCAUGGUCUGAGACAGUUUCAGACAACACUGCAUAUAAAAGCUAUCUACAAUGGACUAAUUGGGAAGGUUCAGCAUCACAGGAGAGAGGAUCAGAUCAGCCUGAAAACGUCCACCAUAUGGCACCACAGUUUGCGGCGUUCACUCCUCUUGCGGCUUGUCUUCUUAGGUCCCUGCUCCACCCACAGUUCCGGCUUCGUGGCAGACCAGAUGAGGUGGAAAGAUAUCUGGGAGGAGCCUGGUUAUUGAACAAGGAUGUCAGUGGGUGAUGCAUCAAAGUUAAGGAGAUCAGUAGUUUGUCGUCAUCUGGUCAUUCUCUCCAUGGUGGGAACAAUGGUUAUCACCUUUUAGAAGUAGUUCUGAUGGUAGUUUUAAUCAUAAGCCUCCUGUGUAUCCCACAUAUACACAUUAUUAGCUACGAGUUUGUUUUCCUAACUGACCACUAUGGAUCUUAGCUGUAAACACUAAGGGCCAGAUUUACCAAACAGGGCAAAUUAAUGUGAGAGCAGAAUCCCAUAAAAGUACAGAUGGGAGUGGAAGGCUCUGCGGUUGAUCUACUGACAAUGCCAUUGGUCUUAGUAGAUCUACUCACUACCAAGAGCAGCGCAAAUUACCGUCUGAUUUAAGACAUGCUUUUUGGGGCAUUAAAUUAUGGCACAAAUACCAGUACUUGACUAGCACCAACCUUAGUAAAUAGCGUUGGGUGAUUCACUUAAAUACUCUCAUCUCAUAAAUUUUACGGCUAAAUGGGAAACUCCUACAAAUGCAAUAUGGUCAGUUUCAAAAAUACCUGUUCACUGCGUGCCUUUAGUAAAUCCUGAACAUAGUUUUUUAACGGCAAAAUAGGGUGUGUGCUGGUAAGCUUUUAGUAAAUCUGGCCCUAAAGGUUUCAGAAUACCUCAGAAGAGUUGGUAAGGGUUAUAUAAUUGAAAAGGGGCACAAAAAAUGUUUCUGAAAAUUUGGGCCUCCAUCCACAAUCCAGCAACAUUACUACACUCCAAAACAAUGUGCAAAACAAAGAUCGGUGUAACACUAUAUUAUGAAAUCCGUACCAAUAAUAUUAGUGACAGCUAAAGAUCUGCAGGCAUCUUAAUAAUAUCUGUGCUUAUAAGUCUAAAUAAAUAUUGCUGCCAUCUCCACUUUCUAAAUUCCAAAUGGACUUCUUGGAGAGAAAAAAAAAAGCAGCAAGGCGGGACUUGAUUUUGUUCAUCUGGAAUUGGUUGGAUCGUUGUUUGCUAAUUGCUGCAAUCUCAAGUGAGUGACAGGUUGUUGGAUGGGAUAGAUUACUGCCUUAGUGCUGGUGCACAAAUCAGAGAAAAUAUGUUGUUGUGAGAGCAAGUUGUUGUUUUUG